AGCUCUCAAGGACUGAAUUUCAACAGCACAGGCAUUUUGCUCUAUGGGGAAAAAACAAAGUACAGUAGCACAUAGCCUCCACUUGCGAAUACUGUUUGUUCCAAACUGACAGUAAACUGGCAUUUGUUUCUGUGGUUUUACUGCACUUUGCAAAUAACCAUUGCUCUUUCUUCUGUCCUAUUAGAUAAGGCUGAAUGGGUGCUAUCAGCAUUUCCCUUUGCAGUAUAGGAGAGUUCAUCACUGCCAUAGUUAUGCUUAUUGUACUGAAGCUGAUAACGAAAACAAGAUUCCCUAGACCUUCUAUGAUUACAAGACUGAGGAUUUUAGACUCAGCCAAC